GAUCGGUUUAUCGAAGUCGGCUAUCCAGCUACCCUAGCUGCUCCGCCAGCACAGAGAUGAUGCCCUUUUUCUUCCAUCUUUUUCCAGAGCCGCCUAUCUGAAUAAAUCUAGACGUUCGAUCUCUUCUGCUCCAUAUCCAGGUAUUACAUCCUUCGUCGCUCGACCAACCCAGAGAAAAGGAUGCCUUUCUUCUUCCAUCUUUCUCUACAACCGACAAUCUGAUUUAAUCUAAGUGAUCGAUCUCUUCUUCUGCUACAUAUCAAAGAUGUGUACAAAUGACCUUUUGCUAAUCAAAUUGCUAUGCACGAAAGAUAUGAGGUUUUAGGCCAUAAAAGAGAGAAAGAUGAGCAGGAAGGAGGAGAAACGACGAAAGUUACAUGAAGCUCUCCUUAAAGUGCUCUAUCCGCCUCCAUCAUCACCUCCUCAUCACCAAAGGGAAAGGAGCGAGGGAGCCGGGAACACUCAUACAGAAAGUCUCGAUUUAGAUCUCGUUCCAGAUGAUUUUGAGAAAGAAAGGAGCUCCUCUUCUUCUUUAAGCGAUGAGGAGGGUGGGUGUGAAGCUCAGAAAUUGACUAGGGCUCAGAGGAAGCGCAUCCGCAGAACGAAGCUUAAGGAAGCUGCUUCCCGUCGCCAGAAAAUCAUCGGCCCUUUGUUGCCCAAUGCAAGCGUUGAGAACGGUGCGGAGAUCGUACAGGGACAUCUUACAGGUGUUUGUCAAAAUGCCUACCAGCCAGAGACUGCACAGUGUACAAAGAAGAAUAAGGUGAAGAACAGAAGGGCGUACAAGAAGUUAGGUUGUGAGAGGUCUAAUAGUAGCAAGCAGUGAUGUUGGUCCGGCUCCAUUCAACCAUACAAUCUCGAGGGAUUCUUGCAAUAUUCUAAUGGUCAAGUGGGAUUAUCUGUCCGCCCAGUUGACAUACGUGUGCUACUUUUUGUUAAUGCCAACACAAAUUCUGGUUCUGAUGUAGUUAUUGUAUUGUUUUUAGCUCAGAAUGGUGAGUCUUAAUUACUCUUACUCCGUAUUAUUUAUAGAAAUAUUGUUCUUUGUCUGCUCUUAAAUUAAUAUGCUUUGUUCUUCGAUAUGUAGGAAUAACAGUUUUCUAGCACUCCUCACUGAAAUUUGAUUCUCCCAUAAUGGGGGAGCAUAGUUUGAUAGUUUGAUAAGUUUCAUAUUUCAACAUUAUGUGAUUCUAGUUGCUAGUUUUUUAUAGUAUUCCC